CCUAUCAAUCGGUUCCUAUCACUCACUCUCUCCAGACAUACCGUUAACUAUAAANAGAAGGAGUUCCUUAAGAUUCCCUCAAAAGACACUCAGUUUGACAUUUGGCACAAACUCUUCAAAAUCAAUGGCUUUGAUGUCAUUUCACACCAAUUCUUACACAAAGACGUUGUCUUUGAGUUUGAUUUCUUUAAAGAGCAUAUACUGCCCUUAACCACAUCCAUAAGGAAACAGUAUUUCGUGAACUAUGAGAGGGAUAUACCGAUGAGGACUCCGGAGAUCAUUGGCAAAGCCCUCAAGAAAUGUCGACAAUUCACUGAUGAGACCACUGGUUGUGACUCUGGUUUCGGACACCUAUUGGCUCUCAGUCUCAAUGAACUGGGAUUCCGUGUCUACGCCACUGUCUUAGACACCAAUAACACGGGUUCACAAGAGUUGACUAAAAAUUGCCGUUUUUCGCAACAAAUGGUUGUCCUGAAAAUGGAUGUCACAGACGAUGAUCAGGUGAGACACGUCUUUGUCAAAGUGUCCGAAGACCUGUCGGCUAAUGGAGUGGUGUUGUGGGCGGUGGUGAACAACGCGGGGUAUAUGAUGUCGAGUCCCGUAGAGUGGGGUACUUUACACUCCAGCUUUGAACACAUAUUCAAAGUCAAUGUUUUUGGUGUGGUUCGCGUGACCCGGGUAUUCCUGCCACUUAUAAAACAGGCUAAAGGUCGUGUAAUUAACACAGCGAGUGUGUUGGCUCUGUGGGCGAUUCCAACCUUCAGCGCCUACUGUAUGACAAAGGCAUCGGUCCUGAGAUUCUCGGAUUCAUUGCGCAAAGAAAUGGCUAACUUUGGUGUGAAAGUGUCGACUAUAAUGCCCGGUGGGUUCGCCAGCACCGGACUAUUCACAGGUAUCCUAUCGCUGAUGGACAGGACGUGGGCCGAGACGGAGGAGUCGGUUAAGAGGAGUUACGGACAGAAGUAUUUCGACGGUUGGAAGAGAGGUCAGCAAAAGUCGUUGGACUCGAGCAGUGGAUUGAGUGGUAAUAACUCCUAUAUUGUGGUCAACGAUAUCAUUGAUGCCAUUAUUAGUGAUGAGCCGCAAAAUAAUUAUAUGCCAAUAGAGGGCUUUAUGUUUAGGUAUAUCACCUUUGUAAAUGCUUAUUUGCCCGAUUCUGUGGCUAAUAUAUUGCAAGGCUUAUUAAGUAGACGUAAAUAG